UUUAUGUUUAAUUAAAUUUACACUAUUGAUUUAUACGCAAAUAUGGCAGAACAAUGUAAAUAUUGCAACAAUUUAGAAGAUAAACAACGUUUGCCGGGGUUAGUUUGUGAAAUUUGUAAGAGUUUCGUACAUUUAACUUGUUUACGAAGUCAAAAUACUCCUGGCAACUUUGAGUGCGAUGUAUUCUUUGAAUUUACCUGUGAAGAUUGUGCUCCUGAGAAAACGGAAAUGUUGGUUCGUAACAAAUUCCAGUGGGUGAAUGUAUUGAUCCUGACAAUGAAUCAUCUACAAAACCAGAUGCAAGGCAUCAGCAACCGAGGGUUCUUCCACUACAAGACCCACAUCUGCUCCUUCAUAGACAGACACUGGCUAGUGCUGUUUGGACCUUCUUUUAAAAGAACAAAGAACUGGGUGGGUACAGUGGUGGGUGUGCUCUCCUUGUACAAUAGCCUGUUCUUCCGCUCCGGGUCAUCGGUGCUCGCGGAGCUCGGCUGGUGGAAGCUCAUGCACUCCUUCUCACCCGCUGUUGCUGCACAUAUUGUGCAAGAACUAGGCCCUGACAAACCAAAGAGGGUCCGCAAUCAGAUUUCUUUGGACACAAAACUUUUCAACAGAAAAGUUGAAGAAAUGGGUUACGGUGAUUAUUUUGACAAAGUGAAAUAUAAACUUGAGGAGUACAUGGUUCUGUCUUACGCUGGAUCCAGCACCAUAGAACAGGUCGAAGUAAAAACAGAACCAGUGCCUUACAAGAAGCUCAAACUCGAUACAGAGGACUUAUGUAUAAUGCCUGUGUCCUCAUGUGAAGCCCCAGAGUUUGAUACUAGGACAAAUCAGUCUAUUGAAGAUAUACCAUUGAGAGAUUCGUUAUCAGGAUUUGAAUUCCAUAGAUUAACUGCAGUUCCACCAACUGAAUCAUCUAGUGUUCAUUCGUACCGACCGCACUACGACAGCGACUCCCACAGUUCCCACCCCGAGCCGUCUGAUGAUGAACCGCGGAGGAAGAAGGAGGGAGGGAAAGAGAAGAGUGAAGAAGUCGAAGUGAGAAGAGAAUCGCUGUUCUCCACUCAGCUGAAUAGCGUAGAUUAUCCCUGGGAGGACCCUGAACCGGAGCCGGAGCAGGGCCUGGUGGAGAUGACGGAGUACCAGGAGAUCCAACUGCUUAAGACGGUGGAGGGGCUCAUCCCCCGGGUGAAGGAGCCCUGCAGCCGCGCGGAACUGUACCGCCUGAGAGCCAAGCUGGCGCUGCGCAGGCGGAAGAGGCAUAAGCAUCUGCCGCUGUUUGAUAUUGAUAGAGCGGUUCGUGUGCUGAGCGGGUACGUGACGGAAGGGUCGCGCGCCGCACAAGACGACCGCAUACUCGACAGGUUCCAGAGAUCCUACUUCAUGGACAACCUCUGCGGCACGGUGACCAGCACGGUGUACGGGCCACUACUGCUGCCGCGGACUGAGGCUGCGCCCCUGCGCUCGGCCUUCUCGGGGGCGGUGCUGAAGCCCUACAUCCGCCGGGACGCCGUCACCAGACCCAUGUGGAUAAAGGUCUUGGAUGAGAUCGUUGAGAAGACCAAGGGUGUCCGCGUGUGUCGUCCGCCGCUAGACUACUGCUACGUGCAGCCGCAUCACAUUCCAGCCGUCAACGCGCUCUGUGCGCAGUUCUUCUGGCCCGGGAUAGACCUGACAGAAGCGCUGCAGUACCCAGAAUUCAGCUGCGUAUGUUCUCUGGGGCGGCUGGUUGUGGGCUGCGCGUUCCUCGUGCCGGUCAGCGCCGCCGCCGCAUACAUCUCCUUCGUGCUGGUGCGACCCGAGUACCGCGGCGCCGGCAUAGCGACUUUCAUGCUGUAUCAUCUGUUGCAGACAUGUGCAGGCAGAGAUGUAACUCUACAUGUGUCACCCACAAACCCUGCCAUCUUCCUCUAUCAGAAGUUUGGUUUUAAAGUGGAGGAGCUGGUGCAGGACUUCUACGAGAAAUACUACGACAUCGAUUACAAGGGGUGUCGGCACGCGCUGUUUUUGAGAUUGACGAGAUGAAUAAAUGUUCCAAAGAU